UGCAGCGGGCAGGAGAAGUUCUUCACACUGAGGAAAAAAUGGACAUCGCCUGUUGACCCCGAAGAUCCAGCAGGACUACAAUGCUGACUUUACCGUUUGAAGAGCCGGUGAUGAUGGACACUCAGUUCGUGGCAAACUUUCCGCGGGACUGCGUGGGCGAGUCGAAGGUCACCAAACACGACGCCUUCAAAAAAGAAGAGCCGCUCUCGCACACGGACCUAAAAGCGAUGGACGACGAUGAGUCGGAGAAGGACGAGGACGAGCGAGACGAGGGCCCAGAUGAGCUCGACGCGCCACGGCGGCGAGGGCCGCGCAAAAAGAAGCUGACCAAAGAGCGGGUCGACCGCGUGAAGCUUCGGCGCAUGGAGGCCAACGCGCGGGAGAGGAACCGCAUGCACGGCCUCAACAACGCGCUGGACAGUCUGCGCAAAGUGGUGCCCUGCUACUCAAAAACGCAGAAACUGUCCAAGAUUGAGACGCUACGUCUUGCCAAGAACUACAUCUGGGCGCUUUCGGAGAUCCUCAGCACUGGGAAGAGGCCUGACCUCUUGAGCUUUGUACAGACGUUGUGUAAAGGCCUUUCCCAGCCCACUACCAACCUGGUGGCGGGAUGCCUGCAGCUAAACGCUCGCAGCUUCAUCGCAGAUCACGGCGCUGAGGCGUCCUUCUCAGCCAGAUCGCCGUACGACGCUGUUUACCCGGCCUACCACGACGACCUUGCAGCUACCGGGCACGGCGGGAGUGGCGGGAGUGGCGGGGCGGACGGUGUCAAACCCUUCAGGCCGUAUGGCUACUGUGGUACCUACGAGUCAUUCUACGAGUCGGCGUCUCCUGAGUGCGCGAGCCCACAGUUUGACGGACCGCUUAGCCCGCCGCUGAACUUCAACGGGAUUUUCUCGCUCAAACACGAGGAGCCGAGUGACUAUGGGAAAAGCUGCCAUUACGGCAUGCGCUACUGCGCUGUACCGGGCCGCUCCACCAUCAGCCAGGGCGCAGUGGCGCGCGCCUCCUCUGACCUGCACUUCCCUUACGACCUCCAUCUGCGCGGCCAGUUCUACCCUGCACAAGACGAACUGAGCGCCACUUUUCAUAAUUAGGCAAACUCGUCCCAUUCCCUUCCUUCCCCCAUUCCUUCCCUAUACUACCCUUCCCUUCCCUCACCUUUUUCGGGGUGGUUACUUAAAACAACAAACUUAAGCCCGCAACAUGUAUUAUUUACAUCGCGCUCCAUUAGGAGCUCUUUGGUUGUACGCCAACUGAUGUUUUAUGUAUUCGAGUUAACUGGAUGGAGUGAUUUGCUUAGGGCGGACAUUUUGGCGUGAAAUAUCAUUGAAAAACAGAACUAUAAAUUAUGCUCUUGUUUAGUUUCAUUUUAUAUUCUAAAAUAAAUGAACUAAUUAAUGGAAAUCCCACGAUGCUGUUAAAAGGAUGGACACGCUGGAUAUCAUCUCUGUAAUAAGUCUUAAGAUUUAGGCAUACUAUAUGUUUGUUCCAUUAGAGUAUGUACAAUGAGCCAAAAAAGGCCAAUGUUUUCAAACUGCCCAAAACAAAGCAAGAAUCAUAAAUUUGCUAAGUAAAAUUAAGAAAUUCAGAAAAAAACGAGAGCAAUAAAUGCAAAGGCAUCUAUGCAACAAACGGGCUUUUUCAAGUCAAAACCAAUGAUCACUCCACCAGGCCCUGCAUUUCUCCAGUAAAAUAGUCUGAUGUCAAAACAUCCAGAUCAUCGGUACGUCUUUAAUACCCAUAAGUUAAAAGGAUGGAUACUGAUGACAGUUGAGUUUAUGUAUGUACAUCUAUUUAAUUACAUUCCGAGAGUUUAUUUUACUGAUCUUGAUGCUACAAGGAAAAAAAAACAUUUUCAGUGUCCGUUGUUUUGUUUCCUGUUUGACUCGUGAAACAUGUGAAGACUUAAAUGUCUGGAUUGAUGGGUUGGCGUUUAGCCUAAGUCAUAUCUUUAGUAAAUAACGUAUUAUUAUAACGUACUUAAAUAUUUAUACAAAAAAUAUAUAUCCCUUAAAAGUAACAAGUGGACAAAACUUAUUAACUAUGCUCUUAAUUUAUGUUUUUGUGUUUUUAAAUCUUAAAAUUUGGACCGUGGACAAUCUAAUUUAUAGGAGGGGUUUAUAUGAGCUCUAACAAAUGUAAUAUUCUUUAGAGGUUUUACAGGCCUGCCUAAACAAUGCGCACAAGUACCUUGCGUUCUGUUAUAAAAUUAAUAACAAUAAAUAAAUGAUGGAAAUUAAGAAGUUUUAAUCUUGUUAUAAUCUAAGUACAUUACACACAGACAAAAAAACAGUUUGUCCGGCAUUUUUUUUCUGUUUAUAUAUCUUUUAAAAAUGUGCAGUAAGUUAAUGAUAUAAUGUUUGAGAUAUUGCGCAUAGGCUCGAAACAAUCACAUCUAAAAAUGUAUUCCAGUUUAUUCGAUUUUUUUCGAAGCAUGUAAAAAUUAUGUUCUGACUGAAAAAGGUUAGUGUCAUGUAUAGUAAAGUAAUGUCAUGGGAAUUCCUUGCCUUAAUGAUUAUUGUUGCCCAUCAGUUAUGCAAUGUAAUGGAUGUUUUCAGUGGUGGAAUCUUUCUCACAACACUACGACGAGAGAUUUUGUGCAAAUGCUAAGGAAUGCACCAAAACUGUUCUUG